UCUACUUGAAAGUGGGUUUGAGACAAGAGUUGGUCUUUCUGUCUCUCCGGCUGGUGGUGCCACGCGCAGAGCAUCAUCAUCAUCAUCACCAUGCCUCGAGGAUUCUUGGUGAAGAGGAACCGGCGGUGCUCGGCGUCGUACCGGUCACGAAACAACAGCAGUAACGGCGCAGCUUUGACGUUUGACGGAGACAAAAGCGGCUGUGACAAACCGGAGGAGAGCGAUUUGUUUGACCGGUCAGAGGGACUGUUCCCGGUGCUGCGCGCGGACGGUGUCAGAGAGGUGUGGAGCCCCCACGUGGAGUCAGCGCUGGAGGCUGAGGAGGACCGGCGCGCGCAGUUACCGGAGACCGAGGAGCAGGUGACUGAGGUGGAUGUUUUGACUCCUGACGAUGACGACUCCUCUUGCUUCUUCCCGCGUCCUCCUCCGCCUCCUCGGGAGCUGGUUCUGACGGAGUCCUGCAGCCCCGUUAAACCGGUUGGCACGAGACUGUUGGAGCCGCGCGAGGAGGAAGACAAGCCGCCGUUAUUCCCCGGGAGGUGCAUGUCACCCCCGGUGUCGGAGAUACCGGAACUCCCGUUUCUACUGAACUCCGCUUCGACCCCGGUGUCCGCGUCUAUCGAAAGGCUUCUCUCGAGCAGCGCCGGUCACCACGCGCACUCCUACAUUCACGGUGACAAAUAUGACCCCGGUAUGUCUCACGUGCAUCUUUUCCCUCCACUGACUCUGUUGAACCAGGAUCAGAACGCGGCCAGGAAACGUUCCUUCUUAGAACCGGAUCAGCGCAUAAACGGCACCAGGCACAGCAAACCUCAAACAGGAAACGUCUCCAAGAAGCCUAAAGUGAACCGGAAACUGAACUUCGAGGACGAGGUCACGACCUCACCGGUUUUGGGUCUUCGCAUCAAGAAAGAGACUCCCGAGCUGAGGAGACACCGGGAGAAGUCCUCCGGUCCAUCCGGUAACCAACCCCUGGGAGAGUUCAUCUGUCAGCUCUGUAAAGAGGAGUAUCCCGACCCCUUCUCUCUCGCGCAGCACAAGUGUUCCCGCAUAGUGCGCGUGGAGUAUCGGUGUCCCGAGUGCGACAAGGUCUUCAGCUGUCCCGCCAAUCUGGCCUCCCACCGCCGCUGGCACAAACCUCGUCCGGUGAACAACCAGGGAGGAGAGAUGACCAACAAAAGCCAGCCGUUAAAAGAGGCACGCGGGCUCCUUGCGCACGAGAGGCAGCCGGUGGAGAUGGAGGGCAAAGAGAACGAGCUGCUGCGCAUCAACACUAAUCAGCACCACGGCGCGCUGGACAGCUCCCGCAUAAGGCGCGAGCCGUCCCUGCUGCUGCUCCACGGCCGGUCCCGGGACAGUCCGGACAGCGACAGCCUGGCCCCUCCACUCUACGACUCCUCACCUCACUACCGGAACCCGGUGGAAGGCUGUCUGGACCUGCAGCAGCAGGUGAGAGCGGCGGACAGCCCCCCCUCCAGCCUGCUGCUUCUGAACGGAAACCCUGGAGAGCGCGCGGACGUGGCGCAGCGGCCCCCGUCGCUCCCUCCGCUGCCGUUUGUCCAGGCGUUACCGGAGGAGGAGGUGUACGAGUGCCGGUACUGCGGGAAGAAGUUCCGCCGGCAGGCUUACCUGAAGAAACACCUGGCCGCGCACGAGCUAACAGCACGAGCUUCCCCGCCACUGUCAAAUUACGGUCAAGCGCGAGAGAGCAGCGGCCAGGUGUUUCUGUGUCACCUGUGCGGCGCGCGCUUCCCGUCGGUUGAAAUUAGAGACAAACACCGACUGUGGCACGCGAUGAGGGACGAGCUACUCGCGGGGACCCUGGGAGGAGGGCUCAGACCAGAUGUAUUCCACGCGCACAGAGAUGAGAACGGCACCGGAGACAGCGAGCAGCGCGAGGCGCAGCAACAGCCGCCGCAGCAGCAGAUAUUCACGUGCAAACAUUGUCCGUCCACGUUCUUUAGCUCCCCGGGGCUCACGAGACACAUCAACAAGUCUCACCCCACCGAGAACCGGCAGGUGAUGCUGCUGCAGAUGACCGUAAGACCCUGAACACACCGUACCGGUCACCGGUCUGCUUAUUAUUUAUUUAGGCUACAUUCAUGUACUUAUGUUGAUCUAUUCAAGGUGACCUACGGUCAAAUAUUUCACAGGUGAGGACCGUGGUGCGUCCACUGUGCCUUUUGUUUCAAGCGCCAGUCAUCCUGGUUUUCACAUAAUAAAUACACACCGUUUUCACGGUCCUGAAGAGAUUAAAUUACUGCUUAAACUAACAUAAAAACAAACUUUGCCGUCAGUAAAACCAGUCAAAAAUAAAGCUCUUAGAUACACUGGACUGUUUAUAUAUUUACUGAAACUUCAUAAAACACCUGCUCUAGUAGUUGCACUGACACCAUGUCCGUGAACACAACCUCACCUGGUCCUCUGUACACAAGACCAUGAUUUUGUUCUCAGUUUGUUUCACUUUGUUUUUUACCACCAGGUCUCAUCCUUUUAUCCAUUUCCCAUCACGUGCCCAUAAUCAUUUUCUAUUUCAGCUAAAAUAUUGCUCUUUAGUUGAAAAUAUUGAGGUAAACUAUCCUGAUAGGACUAAUACAUUUAUUAUUGAUUUAAUAAACUUUACCGUAUUAGGAUGAAACAAUUAAACCUGAAUUAGUUUUUUGUGUGACAUGGGACACUUUGCAAAGACACAACUUUUACAUUUCUACUCUUCAAAGAACGUGAUUGAUAUAGUGCAUCUCCUGCUACAUCUUUUUUUUUUUUUUUUUCUCAGCACUUUGUAAGUGAACUAAAACCAGAGAGGACUGAAGACAUGUAACAUUGGGCAUUUUGAUGAUUUUAUGACUUAAAAGGAAAAAUACACACUGAUGUAUGUUCACCGUGUGGGGGAUGUUUAGACUCAUGUUCAAGGUCUUUUUGUGGUGAAGUAAUCAGAUUACACUGAUGCUCAGGAGCAGCCCAGUUAUGGGUUACGUUACAACUGAAAUGUGAAGAGGAACCAGACCAUCAUCAUCAGUUACCUGUAAUUACAUUUAGAAAGUGACCUUCCUUACCCUGACAACUGGAAACAAAAUCAAUGCCCUGACUCCACUUAAAGGACAAUUUCAUGUACAGAAGAAAA